AUGGCAGACUCUACAGCCGUCAAGGAUUCGGGCCCGCAGGCUGGAGCAGCAUCCCAGCAAGCUACAUCCGAACAGGUCAACACCAAAGCCACGACAUCGACAUCACCAACAUGGAAUACAAAGAAUCUAGGCUUUAGAGUCCUUGCCGAUGCUGCCUCUGCUGCGAGCGCGGCGUCGCUCGUCGCACCUCUAAUUGCAAUCAUUGACCGCUCCAUCAUGGAAAACGCUUCUGGUCGUAAUACCCUCGCCGCCUCAAUCAAAUCCUCCCUCCGCACCCUCCUCCUCCGCCCGCACACACUCCUCCUUUCCAAACCCACGGCCCUCAUCUUCUGCCUCUACGGCGGAACCUACCUCACAGCCAACGCCGUCGACACUGCCUCAUCGACCGUGUCCAACCGUCCUGCGUCGAGCGUCACGGCUGGCACCACAAAGUUUGCCGCCUCGAGCGCCGCAAACAUUGGUGUUUGCAUCUACAAGGACCAAGUUUUUGUUCGACUCUUUGGUCCUCCUGGUGUUACUCCUCGUCCUGUACCUAUGGCUUCAUACGGCUUGUUCGCUCUUCGAGAUUGCCUCACCAUCUUUGCAUCCUUCAACGUACCGCCAUUGUUAGGUCCCUACCUAGACCAACGCUUCACCGACCAAGUCAAGAAGCGCGUGUCAGGUCUGUACGCAGCACAGUUCAUGGCCCCAGCAAUGGUGCAAUUCAUCUCGACCCCGAUGCACCUCCUCGGCCUCGACCUAUACAACCGUCCAGCCUCUGGCCCAGCCGGUGCCGUUGUCAGCAUGCGCGAUCGCUGGGACAUGAUCCGUCGAAACUGGCUCAUCAGCUCUGUGGCGCGGAUAUGUCGAAUUGUUCCAGCUUUUGGUGUUGGCGGUGUCGUCAACAUGAAGGUUCGCAAGAAUUUGAUGACAAAGCUAGAAUAA